AUGGGGCAGGCACUACCACCAAGGACGACCACCAAGGACGACCACCAAGGACGACCACCAAGGACGACCACCAAGGACGACCACCAAGGCACUACCACCAAGACGACGACCACCAAUGGACGACCACCAAGGACGACCAUCAAGGCAAGGACGACCACCAAGGACGACCACCAAGGACGACCACCAAGGACGACCACCAAGGCACUACCACCAAGGACGACCACCAAGGACGACCACCAAGGCACUACCACCAAGACGACCACCAAGGACGACCACCAAGGCACUAAGGACGACCACCAAGGCACUACCACCAAGGCACUACCACCAGGACGACCACCAAGGACGACCACCAAGGCACUACCACCAGGACGACCACCAAGGACGACCACCAAGGACGACCACCAAGGACGACCACCAAGGACGACCACCAAGGACGACCACCAAGGACGACCACCAAGGACGACCACCAAGGACGACCACCAAGGACGACCACCAAGGACGACCACCAAGGCACUACCACCAAGGACGACCACCAAGGACGACCACCAAGGACGACCACCAAGGCACUACCACCAAGGACGACCACCAAGGACACCAAGGACGACCACCAGGACGACCACCAAGGCACCACCAUCAAGCACUACCACCAAGGACGACGGCACUACCACCAAGGACCAAGGACGACCACCAAGGGACGACCACCAAGGCACUACCACCAAGGACCAAGGCACUACCACCAAGGACGACCACCAAGGCACUACCACCAAGGACGACCACCAAGACGACCACCAAGGCACUACCACCAAGGACGACCACCACCAAGGCACUACCACCAAGGACGACCACCAAGGACGACCACCAAGGACGACCACCAAGGACGACCACCAAGGACGACCACCAAGGACGACCACCAAGGACGACCACCAAGGACGACCACCAAGGACGACCACCAAGGACGACCACUAG